UUGGUUAGAUUGUCCUAUGUAGUUUUGGGUGUUUACAUAUUUAUUGUUUUCGUUUGAAAAAAAAAAUGGAUUUUAAAGUUCACAGCGCUUCUUUUAAUUCUGUUUGUAGAAUCUGCCUUAAAGCCACCGACAAUUUGUCCUCUAUUUUUGAAACGAUUUUACCUCGCAACAGUCAGAACGACGAUGAGAAAAGUACCUUUGCAUCCCUAUUUGAAAAAUACUGUAAAAUCAGGAUUCAUCAUGAUGAUUUAAAGCCACAACAAAUUUGCGUGGCUUGCAAGUCUUUGGCUCUGCAGUGCUGGGAUUUUUUAAAAACUUUUUUAUACUCUAACUCUUAUCUAGACGAAUUAUUACUGGAGAACGAAAAUAAACCUUUAAUAGAAACAAUAGAAAAAGUAGAAUUGGAUCUUUCAGAGUGCUCAUUGAGUAAUAAUGAUAUGGGAUUUGAUGACACAAAGACUGAAAUUGAAUCUAAAAAAAAACGUGCCACUCCACGAAAGCGAGUCCUAACUCAAUUUAAAGAUGGUGAAAGAUUUGUAUGUAUACUUUGCCAGGAGAUGUUUACAGACAUUAACAUAAUCAUUGAUCAUUUGGAAAACAAACAUGGGAAUGCUAAACAAUGCCUCAUUUGUGAAAAGAAAAUUAUUAAAAAGCCACUGUUAUGGUAUCAUAUGAGUCAACAUUCAAAAAAUUCUGUGCAGUGCAAACCAUGUCGUCAUUACUUUAGAAGUGAGGAAUUGAAACAGGAACAUCUAAACAAAUAUGACCAUACAAAUCCACUUGUUUGCCACAUUUGUGGGAAAAAGUUCGCCUUAAAAGGUCGACGCGAUAAGCACAUGAUAGCGCACUAUGGGAAAAAUCAGUAUCAGUGCAGUGAGUGCGGCGAUAGUUUUAUAUACAAAACUUCCUACAUCCGACAUUAUAGGAAACAUUUUGGAAAGGAAUUUUUGUGCUAUAUUUGCGGAAAAGAAUUUACAACCAAUUUUAAUGUUCAAUUGCACAUUAAACGAGAACAUGAAGGUCUGAAGCCUGAUCGAGCUGCCAGACGCCCUGAGCAGAAGCCCAGAACUUAUAAAAAGAGAGUGACCAUGAUGGAAGAGGUACAAUGUGAAUACUGUGAUGAGAUAUUACCAUCCAAACCCAGCUAUAUUAGGCACAGACAAAACCAUCCUGAAUUUUGUGAUUACCCAUGCAAGCUUUGUAAAGCUCAGUUCACCACCAAAAUAGAUCUGAAAGAGCAUAUGACCGUCCAUAACAAAUUUGCAUGCUCCCACUGCAAUAAAGGAUUUCCAUUCAAGUGUAUGUUGGAUAUGCAUUAUGUCAAUCAUAAGAAUUUAAGCCUCAGCAAAUUAAGUUGUUCGAUCUGUGAAUUACCUCAAAGAAACGCGAAAGAUCUCAAGACCCACAUGUUGAUCCACACAGGGGAAAAGCCCUGCGUUUGUGAGAUUUGCGGCAAGUCCUUCAGACAGCCGCCGCAUCUUACCAUCCAUAUGUAUCAGCAUACAGGCAAGAAGCCCCACAAAUGCGAAGUGUGUGGCAAAUCCUUCACUUUUCGAUGUAAUAUGGUGUCGCAUUUACGAAUUCACACCGUAUUUCAUGGUGUGCGUUUUGUGUUCCGUCGUUUUGCGAGAAACAUGAAACGCAUUCAAAAAAUGAAAAUAGCGACUUUUUCCAUUUCCUCGGAUUCGGUAGAUACGAUGUGUCGUGUCUGUUUGGCUGAGGGAGUCGACACUUUAACUUCGAUAUACGAAGUAAACUUGAUGAACAACAUGGAAGAAGGUUGUGCUAAAAGUAAGGAAGUGGAUUUGGUGAGCCUUUUGCAGGAUUAUUGCAAUAUCAAGGUUCACAAAAACGAUGGCAAACCGCAAAAGAUCUGCGCGGGUUGCAUAGAUUGGGUUUGCCAGUCCUAUAGCUUUUUCUUAACAUUUGUACGCUCAAACGAUAUCUUGAACGAGGUUUUAAAACAUCAAAAGAAAAAUGAUGAUGGGACUGUUGAUUCCGACAUCAAAGAUAUAGUAGUUACAGACUAUGCAGAUGUUAAUUUGGGAUGUGGUUUAGCAGAUAAUGAGAAUGUGGGGAUUGUUGAAUAUGAAGAAAUGGAAGAUGAAAGUAUCAUCAAAGAUGAAGUGAACAACUCUGGUUCCAGUGAUGAAGACACGGACCGAGCUGAAUUGCUGUCAACUGAAGAAACUUAUUUUUUGUGUUCUAUUUGCAGUGAGACAUUUGAAACAAUUCAUAAAAUUAUUGACCACCAUUAUGAAAGUCAUGAAGAUGAUCCUCGAUGCCCCAUCUGUCUUUCGGAAGAUAAUACGGAUAAUUUGAAGUAUCAUAUCAGUUUGCAUUCAAAGAGUCAUUCCUCUUGUGUAAGGUGUUUGAAAUACUUUAGCUCAAAGGCAGACUUUAAAAGGCACCUAUGCCACAAAAAAGUAAGAAUUGGUGGGAAAUCUAACAUGGGUAAAAAGAAGAGUACACCAGCAGGAGAAUUCCCUUGCACUAUUUGUGGGAAAAAGUAUACUACAAAGUUGGCAUUGAGAACUCACUCUCAUAUAGCUCACCAAAACCUGUCCAAGGCCAGUGGGCCACCUGCCGGUUAUAAAAAGGGACAGUAUGUACAGUGUGAUUUCUGCGACAAGGUGAUAACCUCCAUUCCUGCUUACAAGAAUCAUCUCAGUAUCCAUCCAGAAUUUACAAACUAUGAUUGUCGGUUUUGUAACGAAGUGUACUCAACAAGGACUGAGUAUCGAGAGCACUUAAAUGUUCACAAGAAGUAUGAGUGUGAGCAUUGUGGGAAAAAAUUCAUCCUAAAGUGUGAUUUUAUCGAGCAUGAGCAAGGACAUAUGGAUGGCAAAAGCAACCCAGGAAAAUUCCAGUGCGAAGUAUGUGGAGCCGCAUUUAAACUAAAAUACAGCUUACAUGAUCAUUUGUUGAUUCAUUCUCAAGCCAAACCACACAAAUGUACUAUAUGCGGGAAGGCGUUCCGUCAGACAUCGCAUUUAAGAAUCCACAGGUACCAGCACAAUGUAGUGAAGCCGUUUAAAUGCGACAUUUGUGAUCGUCGUUUUGUGUAUAAAUGCAACUUAGUGUCGCACAUUCGCAUACAUACAGGUGAAAAACCCUAUCCCUGUCCCUAUUGCGAGAAAUGGUUCAGGGAUUCCAUAAUGUUGCACAAGCAUAAAAAGUCCAAACAUCCGGAGAUGUUGCUGCAGAAUGUCGAUGUGUCGAUCAAGAUGGAUGAAGGGGACAACAUUUCCGACGAAUAGACUUAAAAUAAGCCCAUUUAUCAUUACUUGAUUGUAUUUAUUUGUUUAAAAUAUGUGACAGUUAUAUUUCAUUGAAUGUCUAGGGUUAUGCCAAGAGCCAACAGUAUGUUGUAUCAAUAAUAAUUUAGUUU